CCCAACAUUUUUAUCCCACCCAAGGAUCUACCCCUCAAACUAUCUGUCCUGACCUGAUCGUCUGCUCUAAACCCCUUGUAUCUCCCUCAACCAUCUCUCUCUCCAUUCUCGUCCCUCUCUUCCAUUCCAUUCCUGCUUUCAUCUUUCAAUGGCUCUGAUGCUUGAUAACUGUGAAGGGAUAUUACUAUCACUAGACUCCCACAAAUCAGUGCCAGCUCCAUUCCUUACUAAAACCUACCAACUAGUCGAUGAUCCCGCCACUGACCACAUCGUUUCAUGGGGUGAAGAUGACACUACUUUCGUUGUUUGGAGACCUCCUGAGUUUGCUCGUGAUCUCCUCCCUAAUUACUUCAAGCACAACAACUUCUCCAGCUUUGUCAGACAGCUCAAUACUUAUGGUUUUAGGAAGAUUGUGCCAGACAGAUGGGAGUUUGCCAAUGAGUUCUUCAAGAAAGGAGAAAAACACUUGCUUUGUGAGAUCCACAGAAGAAAAACUGCGCAACCACAAGUGGGGAUAAACCAUCAUCAUCACCAUCACCACCCACAUUCUCCUUUGGUUAAUGCCCCGAGUUUCUUUCCGUUUCCAAGCCGAGUCAGCAUUUCUCCAGCAGACUCAGACGAACAAGCCAACUGGUGUGACUCACCGCCACUUUCUUCUCCUAGAGGAGGCACUGGAGUCUCAGUUGCUGGUGGCGGCGGGGGUGGAGGCUAUAACAGCUCGGUCACAGCUUUAUCAGAAGACAAUGAGAGGCUGAGAAAAAGCAACAACUUGCUGAUGUCUGAACUUGCCCAUAUGAAAAAGCUUUACAAUGAUAUUAUCUAUUUUGUUCAAAACCAUGUGAAGCCUGUCACUCCUAGCAAUUCAUACUCCCCUUCUUUGCUUCUUUAUGGCCCUCCUUCAUCCGCUGCUGCUGCUCCUGUUGUUAAUACCACCACCACCAAUAGUUCAUUAUUGCAAAAGCCUUCCAACCAGCUUCUUGGGCACUAUCCAAAUAGUCAGAAGCCCCGAGUGCAAGUUUUGAACUCUCCAACGGCUACAUCCCAAAGCUCCUUGACGAUUCUUGAAGAACCAUGCAGCAAUAGUUGCAAAACAAAGCUCUUUGGUGUACCCUUACAAUCAAAGAAGAGGUUGCACCCCGAGUAUGGUGCAACUAACAUGGAGACUAACAAAGCACGUUUGGUCUUGGAAAAAGAUGAUUUACGGCUGAACCUUAUGCCUCCCACAUGUUAGUUUCAAAUAUCCAUUCAAGAAUAUUCUAGCUUCCUUUUCCAUCUUUUUUUUCUUUUCUUUUUGUUUAUCUCUUAGAGCCUGAUGAUGAUAUUGUUGGAGGAAAUUGUGCGUGUGUGUGUGAGUGUUUGUGACUGUGUAUAUAAUUUUUAGUGCCGGUACUAUUUUCUUUCCCCUACCUAGCUAGCCACAUGAAUGCAGGUGGGUUUUGGGUUAGAGUGAAGAUGAAAAUCAAUUUCAAAAUUUCAACAGCAA